AAUGAAGAAGCUGGUGGACUGAGCUCUCAGGACGCUGGCAAAAGUGUGAGAAGACAGGUCAGGGACCGCCCUUCUGGCAGGUCACUAGAUGCAUAUAGGGAGAACUUACCCAGGCGGUCACACAGGAGGUUCUCUGAGGAAGGCCACUCCACGCAGAACAAGGAUGACCUCGAGGAGGAAUAUGAAGAUGAGGACCUUGUUUCUCAUCCAGGCCUUGACUUUAGAAAUGGCUCAAAAGAGGACCAAGGCUUCCUGUCCAACAGAAAGGGAGUCUCGCCUAGGUUGCCUGCUAGCAAGUCCCCUGGCUGGACUCAGGCAGUUUCACACUCUCCAAGAAGAGACACUUACUUGCAUAGUGCAGAAAUUAGUCCCAGAAGGGCAGUCCAACACAGGGCAAACAAGCACAAUCAUGAGAUAAGAAAUGAAAGAGACUACCAAACAGAGAGAAACGAAUGGGAAGGGAUAAAAAUAAAGCAAGAGCAGGAGAAUGGCACAGAAAUGGAGGUUGAUGAGGACUAUGGGGACUUCAAGGUCUUUGAAGACAGCAUGAGAGAAGCAUACUACAGAAAUAGCCAUGGUGGCACAUCCCAGGGCUCCAGACCCCUGAGUAACACAGACCAAAAACACAGCUCUCUAGAUGAGAUUGUUAACAAGUGUGUGAAUGGCCGACAAAUGUUAAAGAAUGCCAUGGAUGGUUCCUUUGGGGAAGCUGCUGCUAGUUGCAGCAAAUUACCAGUGGGAGCAGAGAAGUCAAGCAAGCUUCAGCCAGAACUCAUUGAGCACGAAGGCUUCUUCCAGAUUGGACACCAGAACAUCCCUGGUGAAGAGAGCUAUGUUCUCUCUAUUACAAUUGUCUUUGCCAAAAAUUUAGAACAGCUUAUGCCAAAUAAAAUGCAAACAACCAGUAUUCCUGCAUGCUUCAGCUACUCUCUGCUGGGCUACCCAAUCAAGACGGAUCCCAUCAAGGAUCUAAAACAGCCAAACUUCCUGGCUGAGCGAGCUGCGGGGAAGAUCCGGGCUACACCUGCCAACCUUUCUGCAUACUUCAGCCAGAACCCACAGCUACAAAUCCACCUUCUCAUAGGUGACGUGCGUCUCGCAAGCACCUCUGUCAAUCUAUCUGCUUUUGAAGAUGUUGGGGACCUCAUCCCAGAGGCACCUCUUGUAGUUGAAGGUGGCUAUUCACUGGUUCCUGUGGUGGCACACCCUGCUGACAUUGAGGAAGAGAAGGAUCCAGUUCUUGGGAUAGUGGCAGAGUUGUCCAAGGUGCCAAGGAGUGAGUUGUCAGUCAGACAUCCCACUGAAAUGAUGAAGGUUAAUUCUGAGAGUCACAACUCCUUGAACUCAUCCAGUGAGGCAUCAAGCGAUGACAGUGACUCCGAAGAGGAGAGGCAGAGGCAGGUGUGCCGCUCACAGUGGGGAAGUGUCCAUCACAGUGAGAGCAAGCCAAGGACUUCCUUCACUGGUGAAAUGUUGGAACAGAAGGAGCUGGCAAGUGAGAUCCACAAACAACGUCUACAGCUCCUUUGUGCAGCUGCCAUUGAGGUGGAGACAUGGAAAGAGGACCAACAGGAGCUCUUCUGGAAACAGUGGUGCUCAAGGGAGUCUGAGCUGCAGCAGCAUUUGGCCGCAGAGUGGAGAGUGCGAGUGAAUACCAUAGAGGCCAACCUGCGCAACCAGUUAGGCAAGUGUGACACACUGCAGAACCGACUAUCUUCAGCACUAACCAACCUGUCAGCCAGGGAGGUCAUUGUCAAGAACAGGGAACAGAAGCUGAAAUGGCUUGAGGAUGAGCUGGAGCAGCAGCGCCAGAUCUUGAAGGAACGUGACAAAAGCUCAACGGCAGAAGACAGAAGCAUGCCCGACAGUGAUGUGUGGGAGGAGCUUGUGAUGGAGAGGAAGAAGCGAAGAGCAUUGGAAAAACAGGUCGAGGAGCUGAAAGGAAGGACUCUGCUGGCAGAGACAAAGUUGCGAGAGGAGGAAAAAUUGUCGAAGGAAGCUUCCAACCUGCGCAGAGAAAAGGAGAAGCUGUCUGAACAGCUAGCAGCAGCAGUGAGCAAAAAGCAGUACUACAAACUGCAAUGGGUGCGCUCGAUUAGCCAGCUGCACCAGCUCCAUGUUGCACAGGCACAGGAUACACUUGCGAUCAAGUCUGAGGUUGUGAGUUCUUCUCCAGAACCAUUGUACCCUUCUCCUAGUAGAGCGGUUGGGAAUCUACCAGAGGAGAAUCUAGAGGACCAUGUGCUCUUCUUAGAGCCAACAAGAGAUGCUCGUGGCAACAAGGUCUCACCUAAGAAGAGCCUUCAGGCGCAAAGGGCAUCUAAGGCUGGUAAUGGAGUGGUUUCAGAAAAUGCUGGUAGACUAGGACACAGAAGGCAGUAUGUAGAGGAUGACAAUUCACAACAAAGGAGAAGAUCAAGCUCAAGCUCAAGGCUUAGUGCUGGGGAUGUUGAGAGAUCCCCCAGAACAAGAAGGAAACUAGGGUCAGGCAUGGAAAAUGACAGUGAAGAGUUUCAAGACGUAUCAGCAUCCAGAAAAAGACCAUUGCAGGCCAGCCCUCACAGAGGGAAGCAAGAAAGAUGGGACCCACAUAGAGAAGAUAGAGAAAUGAUGGCAUCAGAAAAAGAAAUGAAUUUAUCAAGAGCGGGGAGGUUGAACUCAAGUCUAGAACUGGAAAGGCUCAUGAGGGAAAGGGAAAGUUUGCUUGAGACGAGUGACUUAGAACUGUACGAAUCUCGCCUGCAAAAUGUGGAGAAAAAAAUCAGAGAUGCUGUUGAAUUAUAAAGACCAGUCAGGGACAGCAGUAUUUACAUGAAAAUAAUGGAAAAUUCCCUUAUAUGCCUGGAAAUGCUCUGAAGGUUGUAAGUGUGCUGGUGGGAUAUGGACCCUUGCAGUAGUGUGGUAUCUGAUGAGGAGGCAGCUGCAAUGAGAGACUUGUUAUGCCUAAGCAGAUCCAAGUGUAGGAAGCCCAAAAGUGGCAUAUGCACAAAUGUAAUGGAGGCUAAAGGGCAUUUUUCUUUUGUUCUCAUAUAAUAUAGCAACAGUGAUGAAAACCCAUGUGAUUUUGGGAUUUAUUUAGAUUUCAUUUUGAAAAGAAGGAACCUUAAAGUUAAUUGAUAUAGUGAUAUGGAAUAAACUAAUGACUGAAAAUAAAAAAUUGAGAGAUGAUGAGAUGUGAAAAAUAAAUUUAUCAAUAAAAUAUAUAUUGUCUUUUUUCAGUGUUAAUUGAAUGAAAGGAAACUUCUGGGAAGUUCAAGAUCCUAUUCCAUGU